GUGUGACAUUAGUGGUUCGUUUGUUUGUAAGACAGUUCGCCUAAAGCUGCAGUCACAUUCAGAUAAACCAACUGCAGACAUGGGAUGGUCUUACUGUGUUUUAUGGUUUCUAUAUUUGUCAACAAGUGAGUGCUGGCAGCUGCCUCACACUGAACCUGUAAUACACGGUGAGGUCCGGUCCCCUCAGUAUCCCCAGCCUUACUAUCCAAACCUGCUGAAGCAAUGGCACCUCUGGGUUCCUAAGGGCUACCAGAUCCGGCUAUCUCUAACACAUCUGGAUAUUAAAGCUUCUGCAGGCUGCUAUGAAGACUCUCUGACGGUUCUCGAUGAUCAAAAGAUCUUGGAAAAGUUUUGUGGUCAGGCAAAUUCAACUGACCACCCAGGCAAAGAGCCGAUCCUUUCUCAAAGCAACAGACUAACUCUCAUUUUCCAAACAAGUGACUCCACUGCAGAGCUUCAACAGCACACUGGUUUCUCUGCUACCUACAAGGCAAUAGACGUGGAUGAAUGUUUAAAACCGGACCCUGGUCAUGGGUCAGGUCCACCCUGCACCCAGAUCUGCAUCAACACCCCUGGUUCUUACCGCUGCUCCUGCCACCAUGGUUACAAAAUUCAUCUAGACCAAUACACGUGUUUGUUAUCUUGUGGUGAUUGCAUAUUUGACAAACAUAAGGGAAAGCUGUUCAGUCCAGGGUACCCUGGCCCCUCACCUCCUUUUCUCUCCUGCAAGUACAUCAUCUCUGUGGAGCCCAGAUUCACUGUCACUCUCAACUUCACUGACAAGUUCCACAUAAAGAGUGUGGACACUGAGCAAGGACCCAGGUGUUUACAUCACUGGCUGCAGGUGACCAUCCCAGACAGAGAGCCAAUGAAGCUGUGUGGUGGGAAGAGUCCAGGUCUGAUAGCUACAAAUGCCAGUACUGUCAGACUGGACUACCACACUGAUGACGAAGGCCUAAGUCACGGCUGGGGCCUGGAGUACACCACAAACGAGGUCAAAUGUCCAUUCCUAGGUAAUGUCUCCAAAGGCAGAGUGACUCCUGUUUUAAAUGAAUAUUUUUUCAGAGAUUACAUCUAUGUGACCUGUGACCAAGGAUACAGGCUGAUGAUGGAUGGUCAUGAGAUCAGUACAUUCUCAGCCAUGUGUCAAAGCGAUGGACAGUGGCACCUCCCCCUGGCAAAAUGCCAGAUUACUUUCGACUGUAAAGCAGAUGGAAAGUGGAGAUCCAAACACAGCGAUGUCAUUCCUACGUGUAUACCUGUCUGUGGCAAGCCCACAAAACAAAUCGCUGCCUAUCAGAGAAUCAUUGGAGGCAAAGAAGCUCCAGAUGAUACAAUCCCCUGGCAAGUGUUACUGAGUGUAGAUGGACAUAGGGCAGGAGGCAUGGUGAUUGCAGACCGCUGGAUUUUGACUGCAGCUCAUGUCCUCAAACAUAAUGGAAAUAUCACAUCAAGCGAGGCUGUACGGGCUUACAUGGGACUCACUAAUAUUAAGGGCCUGCAGCUGUCUCCUUUGAAUGCUGCUUCAGUCCAUGUUCACCCUGAAUACAACAACCCAAACGGCUUAAACUACAACCAUGACAUUGGCUUGGUCAAACUGCAAGAACCAAUCACCUUCAACUCAUCCAUUAUGCCAAUAUGUUUACCAGCAGAGGAUGCCACCUAUGUCACUGGCAUGAUGGGAAUGGUGUCAGGCUUUGGUCUCACAGAUUUGGGCAGACGGAAGAGUCUAACAAAUAAGCUGAAGUAUGUGCAGCUCCCAGUUGUGGAGCAGGAGGAAUGCAGCAAUUCAAUCACUUUGGCAAAGAGGACAAGGAAAUAUCUACCAAAUCUGACAAAUAACAUGUUUUGUGCUGGAGUCCCUGAAGGUGGGAAGGACUCAUGCCAAGGUGAUGCUGGAGGGCCCUUUGUCUUAAGAGAUGAUGGACAGUUCUGGGCUGCUGGGAUUGUCAGCUGGGGGGUUGACUGCGGACAGCAGGGAACAUACGGAGUCUAUACAAGAGUGGCUAACUACCUGGACUGGAUCAAGAAAACCACGCAAGAGAACUGAAUUUGCUAUAUUAGACUAAAGUUAAUUAAACUUAAUGUGUUGAACAACAAGUACAGCCAAAUAAAAACAAAUAAGA